AUGAUAAAAAUUGUACAGAUAAACGUUCAACGAUCCAUCAGCGGAACCUCGGCAUUAGUCAAGACAUUAGAAAAAGUGGACUUAGCGUUGAUCCAGGAACCCUAUUGUUGUAAAGGGAUACCGGCGUGUCUGCGGACAGCUUACAGGGUAAUAUACAAUAAGGACUUUUGUCCGUCCACGGUUGCUGUGAUAAGUAAUCCAAAUAUACCAGUGGUUUUUCAUCAUGAACUUAGUAACAAAUUUAUAACAUGUUUCGAGGUGGGUAAUGGUCCAAGGAACUUCCUGAUGUUGAGUGUUUAUUGCCCGAUUACAAUGGAUUUAACUCCAAUUAUCCAAGAAAUGGAAACAAUUACUAAUCACUUUAGAGACAAGAACAUCAUUAUAAGUGGCGAUCUGAACGCUCACUCUGAGCUCUGGGGAGACCCGGAUAACGAUGAACGGGCCGACCAGAUUCUUGAAUUUACAAAUGCAAACAAUUUACAUAUUCUUAACCAGCCUGACUCCCUGCCGACGUUCGAUGCGCCCAUCGGCAAAAGCUGGAUCGAUCUCACGAUCUGUAGCAGUAACACAUUGAAAUAUAUAAAAUUUUGGCAAGUUUCAGAGCUAAGUAGCCUGAGCGAUCAUAGUUAUAUCUUUUUUAAUAUCAGUACAACGGACGACAUAUACAUGGUUGAAAGCGGAUUCUACGCUAUUAAUAGAGCAAACUGGCAGCUCUUUCAGGAGAAGGCGAGUAAUUUAAUGGAUGUCGAUUUGUUGGAAGGAUGUAAUUGUAAGCAGGAGGUGGAUAGAAUUGUGACCCACUUUCAACAGACUCUAAUUUCAAUAUGCAAUCAAUGUAUCCCUAAAAAGAAAAAGGGACACAGGGCAGUGCCUUGGUGGAACGAUGAUCUUACGAUAACGCGACGAAGAAACAAUAAUUUAAGAAGGAGAUAUCAAAGAGCCCGCAACGAAAAUGAUAGAAUGCGAAAGAGGACGGAAUAUUUUGAACACUGCAAAAAAUAUAAAACAAAGAUUAAAAUGAGGAAANUCAUGGUCAGUUGCGCGCUUGAGACCGCCAAAUUCAAAUUAUGGUGCCUAUGUCAUUUUGUACGUAUAUGUCAUUUUGUCCGUAUUUCCCCUACUCAAAUUCAUCUAUUGUUUCUUUCUGAGAAAUUCGUUUUUUCUCAGAAAUUUCUACAGAUAUGA